UGUGAGACUGCUCAAGAAAGCAGGAAGAAACAGAACAUGACACUUGAAACGUCUUGUUGGAUUAGGAAUAGUCGCCAACCUUUGGAAGGCUCUUGCGCAAAUUGCGAAUUUAUCAAGGGACCAAACAGUUUUUAUCGUUUCAUCGACAAUUGAAUAAGCGAACUCGCAUAUUUGUUAUCAGAAGAUACAUAAGUAUAAAACUGAAGAUUAUUUUGGCUUUAAAUGGAAGGAUGUUUGCUUCCCAGACAUCUUGGUAAAAGGGCAUGAGCUCCUGCCUCAGGAUAAUUAAUUGCAGAUCAGGACCAUAUCUCUAUCACAUGCAGAAGAAGACACCAUUAUGAAUCCAGAUGCCGAGCAGGAUGCGGCAGUGAAACUUGCCGAAGAGCGAGCUGAGAUAGUAUCAAAGUAUGACAAGGGACGGGAAGGAGCAAAGAUUGAUCCGUGGGAAGAUGCAGACUUUCAUAUUUAUAAAAUCACUGAUCGAUUUGGCUUUCUACAUGCUAAAGAACUACCAAUGCCUGAUGCAGUAGAAGAAAGACUAAAGCAAAUUGAGAUUGAAAGAACGGGAAAAUGGCUAAAAAUGUUGAAAAGCUGGGACAAAUACAAGAACGGUGAAAAGGUGAUACGGAGAAUUUACAAAGGAAUUCCACUGCAGCUGAGAGGAGAGGUCUGGUCUCUACUUCUGGAAAUACAAAAAAUAAAAUUGGAGAAAAAAGACUUGUAUGAUAAGCUUAAAAGCAGAGCACGGACAAUAUCUCCAGACAUCAGGCAGAUUGACCUCGAUGUGAACCGUACUUACAGGGACCAUAUCAUGUUCAGGGAAAGAUAUGGAGUCAAGCAGCAAGCUUUGUUCCACGUUUUAGCUGCUUAUUCCAUGUAUAACACGGAAGUAGGUUACUGCCAGGGAAUGAGUCAGAUUACUGCACUGCUGCUUAUGUAUCUGAAUGAAGAGGAUGCUUUCUGGGCACUCGUGAGACUACUGUCUGACACAAAACAUAGCAUGCAUGGAUUCUUUGUUCCUGGUUUCCCAAAACUAUUACGGUUUCAAGAACACCAUGAUCGGAUUCUGAAGAAGUUCAUGCCCAAACUUAAACAGCACCUAGAUUCCCAGGAUGUAUUUACAACUUUGUAUACCAUGAAGUGGUUCUUUCAGUGUUUUCUGGACCGUACUCCCUUCACUCUAACAUUGAGGCUAUGGGACAUCUACAUGCUAGAAGGAGAUCGGAUUCUCACAGCAAUGUCAUAUACAAUUCUUAAACUUCACAAAAAGCAUUUGAUGAAGUUAUCAAUGGAAGAUUUGAUAGAGUUUCUGCAGGAGUCUUUGGCCAAGGACUUUUACUUUGAUGAUGACUUCGUUAUAGAUCAGCUACAAAACUCAAUGUCUGAGCUGAAACGUAACAAACUGGACUUGCCACCAGCAGGUAAACCUGAAGAAUUUCCACAAAAAUCACUUGGCCAGGUAUCUGUGGAGCACCAAGAACCACCUGUUCGCAAUCACAUGAUCAACGGACAGAACAACACAGCUAAAGUAGGACCUUCAGCAUCAAGGAAAAAAGACAGAAAGACAUCACCAGAAAAACUGCUGGAGAAACAACCUGACAACAGGCAUGGAAAGAGCACUUUGGAAAAGCCAACUAGUAAAUCACAUAGGGUGGAAUCUUUGGAAAAUCAAGGAGGCAGAGUGAAAGUCCUGCCGGAUCUUGAUGUGAAAAAACAGCAUGGGCUACCACCACAGCAUGCAUUAGCGUAUGGCAAUCCUAAACAACUUAACAAUGCUACUGCUAACCAGAACUCAAAUGCUAACCCAACUGUUAAGAAGGAUUUUACACCCAAGUGGAACAAACCUUCAGGUUUAAAAAUUUCAGAAGCAACUUCAAAACAUUCUAUGGAUGGCAAGGGCAGAACUGGAAGCUAUAAUGCACCAAGCUCCCCAUCCAGUCCAGAGGAGACAUUUGUGGGUAGAGCAAAAGCACUGAUUAUUGAGGUUGGUGAAACAAAAAGAGAUUCAAAUGCUUCACAAUACGACAAUGUUCCUGGGGUGGAUCAUGAAUAUGAAAAUCGUGCUGAGGAGAUGGCGGAAGACAGAGAGCAUGGGGUAACGCAAAAUAAUGCUCUCGCUCGAGAAACCACGUUGAAAAAUACCAGCCCUUCGAAGCUGUUGCCUGCUCCGUUAUCAAGCAAUGUCAGUGCAAAUUCUCAAGCAAGACCUCCAAGGACUCAUUCUGGAUCAGUAAGCUCCAAUCAAAGACCUUUAAUAAAGCGGCAGCCUUCUUUGCCACCAUCCUACACUAGCCCUCCUGGGUACCAUGGUAGCCUCCCACAGUACUCACCCACCAGAUCUAAAGACAUGCCACAGUACAGUUACAAUUUGCCUGGAGGUCGAACAAAUCAUGACAAUAGGCCAUAUGGUACAAAGCAAGCACAUUUGCCAGACUACCAAGAGAAUAGAAUGAACUACACUAUUACCCGCCAAUUUUCUAAUUCUUCACAGGCAUUCAGAACUGCGGCACAACCUUUAGACCACAGCGGACAAUAUGAUUCAGUGAACACAACCAACUAUAUAAGGCAUCCAGCUCCUUAUGAAGGUACACAACUUCAUUCACCAGAAUACCAACAGCAUUACACAAGAAGACAAGAGCAAUAUGAACAACACUGGAAUCAGGAAACUGACAUAAGGUACAGAAGAAAUAUGCAAGGAUCACCCAGUUUUCGAAAUGCACAGCACACUCCUGUCCCAGAGUUUAGCUACCAAAGUGUGGCUUCACCUGGCAGCAAUAUAUAUAAUAGAACUUUGCCAUAUCCUGAUCCACAUGCGCAAACAAGAUAUCCAAAUACUCCAUUUGGUCCCCAAUAUUAUGGAAAGCCUCAGACAGAUAGAAGAGCCAUCCCAGAAUCAGUAUUGCUUUGAAACACUGGCUGCCCCCUUUUUAAAAGUGAUGUGAACAGUGUUAAAAUAGAAAAUCUCUGACUUUUAAAAUAUAUCUGUAUUUAAGAAGUCAAACAAUAGAAAAGUUUGUAGCAUAGUUUAAAAUUUUGGGUGAGGUUUCUAAUUUAGAAAAUUUCCAAGCAAAGUAAGCUGGCAGUAUUUCUCCAGUACAUCUGGUUACCAGAAUUUACAAAACUAAAGAAAGCCACCAACCAAAACUGAGCACCAGCCCCUUCAUCUGAAGUUAUUUGAGCAUGUACUGGUGGUGAUCUAGUGCCAACAAGCAGUGAGAUUUGAACCCAUUCGGACAGCAGAUUGAAGCAUGCAUCAAGUGAUGUUCUGCAAGGUUCCUGAUCUCUAAGAUUUUUGAGGGAUUGACUUGCAAUCUGUCGUCAUCUUCUCACUAUCCAGCUCAGUCCUGGAAUUGUUAAUGUGUAACCCUGACAUGCAAUUUUUAAAAAAAUAGGUUUAUUCAGCAAUAUUCGUUGCAGUUUUUUGGCCUCAAGUCCAAGAGUACGCUGAGAAUUUCCCCAUGUCACUUUUGUGAUCUCAUGUUUCAUUAUUUCCCUUGGGCCUGCCCAGGCAGUUAAAUUGUCAGCAACAAAACUAAUCAUGUACUUUCUAACUAUGCUUACACGGAAAUGUUGAGUGCAUGGAGACCAGUGCCAUCACAUUUGAGCUAAAUUAAUAGGGGGAAAAACAUAUACUACAGAUGAAAUACAACAUAAAACCACACAAAUUUUUGUAAUGUUAGUGCACAUUGAUUUUCACAUCACUUUUAAUUGUGGCCAGGUGCAUCAUGGCAGAUGAUUUGUCCAAAAUAAGUUUCAUUGUAAAGUAAAUUAAUGUUUUACCCUUUGAAUGUAAAUUACACCCACAUGCAUUUGAAUGCAUUAACAGGAAUUAUUUUCCCUCCAGUAUUUCUAAAACAUUAUUAAAUGACAGGAACUAUCCUGCUAGGUCAAACCAUAUGAUUAACACAUUCUCUUGUUUUUGAUUGAAAGUUAAAAUGAUAUCGAUGGAUUUCUGAGCUGCAAUGAAGUGGGUUUUUGGACCAGUUUGCUUUGGAUUCAUGUCUGCAGGUUUUUGUUUCAUUUUCUAAUGAUGCCCAACUAAUUUCUGGAAAUCUAGUUGUAUCCCAUAAUGUAAAUGUCAUAUUGAUUUUUUAAAAAAUGGUUUUAACUAGAAAGGUGCAGAAAAUAUAGGCUACAGAUUGGGCCUACGUUUGCAGGCAGAUUGGGUUGGGGUUUAAAAUAUUUCAGAGUAGGAAAACACUGAAAGAACAUUUAAAUUAACUAAACACUGAUUCAAACAUGAUUAUCAACUGACUGACUAUGUAUGUAAAACAACACUACUGUGUGUAUAUGUAUAUGUGUAUGUAUAUAUUAUAUACACAAAUCAAAUGUGGAAAUUAAAUUAUCAGUUUAUCACUUAGAGACAUUCUGACCUGAAUAAAUUGAAAACAUUCACUUCCUGCUCAACUUUUCGCUUGAUGGAACAAUCGCAGAAAAACCCAAGUAAUAAUGUUGAAAUAUGUAAUUUUUUGUAAUAAUCCUUUAAGUCUUAAUCAUGAGUCUUUAAAACAGACACUGGCUGUAUAGUAUACUUAAAUGAGAUGGAGCAACUGAAACCUGCUAUCUGAAAUAUAUGUAUCAGCAUUGGUAAAUACUGUAGAAUUUAUAUAUUCACGCUAUUUUCCUAAGUAAUCUGCAGCAGUUUUAUAGCUGUGUAUUCUAUUUUAAUGUGACUGUACCUUUUUAAAGUUACAAAAAAUAA